AUGCACGCACUCUAUUAUUUUGCAGAUAGUGUUUCCACGGAGAGGCAUAUACUAGGGGACGGUGGCCCCGAAUACAGUCCGCACGUGCUACAUCACUGGGAGUUGGCUAAGCCGGACUCUUGUCUCCGUCUUGCGUUGACGGCCUAUUCGCAUGCCCUGAUAGGACGAAAAAGGGACGUGAGACAAGCCCUUUGCCUUGCUCAAAGAGUAUACGCAAAGGCCGUGGAAGAGAUUCAGAACGCCAUGAGCACCAUAUCGGGCGAUACGAUCUAUCAGGUGAUGCUAGCCAUGAUGCUAAUGGGCGGCUAUGAGAACGUCAUGUACUUUGCCAGAGAAUCUCCAGCAUUACCUGCUGACGCUAUCGGUUCCCGUUUCUGGAAGAGCGUCUGUCAUGAGAAGGGUGCGGCCAGUCUUCUCAGUGCACGUCGCGAGAGAGGCUUCGAAGCAGAUACAGAGUUGGAUAAGGCGAUUCGUCAAAAGUGUCUUCGUAUCAUCAUCCUUCGCGGAGGAGCAAUGCCGGCUUGGUUGGAAGAUGGCUCGGACUGGGGCGAAGAAGGACAUGAGUUGGAGCUGGACUCACUCAUUAUCCGUGUUUUGACUUUGAGGAACAAAUCAGUAUCUUUCUUGAGAGAUAUGGAUGGAAAAACCCCAGAAAUCAUUGAAAAGGUCAAGUCGAUUGCCAUGGAAGCAUAUACGCUCGAUUAUGAUCUCGCUUUAUGGCCAUUGGGGCUUGCUCAAGACUGGAGGUUUCAAGUCGGCCGCAAUAACUCACAGCCAGGUUUGAACGCAGCAGAUGUCCGCGCAAAAUCCCCUUUGCAUACUUACUCUUCAGUUGGCCAUGCAGCAAUUUGGAAUCGAUACCGCGCUCUUCGUCUAAUCACAAAUAGCAUUCAGAAACGAGCCUUCUUUGCAAUUCGGUCGCUACCUGAUGCUUCCUUUGCAUAUGCGAAUAUACAGAGAUGCCAGGUUAACAUUAACAAUCUUGCUGUCGAUCUUCGUUAUGGUGUAGAGUUCUCUCUCACUUGCCAAGCCCCUACUAGAGGUGCUAAAGCUACCACAUCUAUUGAUACGCCUCAUCCAAGUGUAGCUGCAUUACUAGCAUGGCCGUUAACUGUGGCCGUGAGCGUUGAUGCUGUCGAGCCUCUAGAGAAAACUUGGAUGAAGGCUGCCUUGAAGGCCGUUGCACGAUCUUUGGGGCACACGCUACUGGAAUCCGUCAGUGACCAUGGAGAGUUCAAGUUUUGA